AUGCCUGAGCCGAGCAAACCAAAAUCAGAGAAGAUUCGAAAAAUAAUUUUUCACAGUCACAGAGAUGAUUUUGCCAUUGAUAUUGAUUUGCUUAAAGAACAUUCUAAGAAAAUUAAACAGCUAGAACAGGAUGGUAAAGUACCGAAAAGAUUAGAUUUAUCAAAUUACGAUGUGGUAGCGGUAGCAACUUUGGUUGAUUACAUGGCAAAUGGUGGCAAUACAAAGGCACGAAUUACAAGUUCCAUUCUUGGUGAUAUGACAGAAAUUGCUCGUAUCCUAGAAAUGGAAACUUUAUUGAAAAAAAUUGAAGAGUUUAUUUUAAUAUCGGUAACACAAAAUGAACAAUUCCUGGUGCAUAUUCUAACAAUGAUUUGUAUGCAAAUAUUAUUGGAUACAUCGUUAGGAAAAAAAGUUAUUGAUAUUGCGGUUAAUAAAUUUCCGAUUAUUCGGAAGUUGGCAUCCUUUAACGAUGUUCCGCUUGAUGCAAUCCUUCGUAUUUUGGAUCGAUGUGAUUUAAAUAUUAAUAGUGAAUACGAUGUCGUAGAAACAGGCAUUUCAUGGUUAGCUGCUAAGCCGGAACGUGUUCACUUCUCUCAUUUGGUAUUACGUUGCAUACGUGUUGUUAAUUUGACGCCCGAUCAACGUUUUGAUCUUUUUGCGCUUACCGAUACUAUGUCCAAUUAUGCGCAAAUAGUACUAUGUGUUUUAACCGAACAUAACUCAUACAAACGAUGUGGCAACAGAAAUGGCAAUGCACAAUUUCUUAUUACUGUGCCAAGUCGAAAGAUUGUAUAUCGAAGAAAGGCACCACCCAUUAAAGCAUCUUAUGUUACAGCUAAACCAAAAUCAUCACCAUCACAAGCAACAGAUAACAAAAAAAGUGAAGCGCAUAGUGAAGGCAGAGAUUUAAGACGUUCCAUUUUUGGUCUCGCACAAAAGCGACGUACAACACGUGCUGAACGUAUGGCAGAGUAUAUGAAGGAUCAAAAACGUAAUACGACGAAAUCCAGCAAAAAUAAGCAAUCAAGAAAACAGCGUGAGACGGCCGGUAGUUCGCCUGAUAGUAAAGGUUUUGAACACGUUCUUGUUAUGUUACGUCAUGCAAAGAGUUCAAUCUAUUUUAAAUCAAGUGAUAAUAGAAGCAUCGCAAUUUUUAAUAAUAAGGCUAGCAAUGAAACAGAUCAAACCUCAUCGUCCACAAGCAUAGAUGAAUCUGAGCAAUUGAACGAUAAGCAAAAUGAUUGA